AUGCCGGCAGCCGCUACAACAGUCGUGGCAGCCAAACAGCAGGUCAAGGCCGUCGCCUUCCUGGCAGCUCAAUGUCCCUUGCAGAAUGAGCUUUCUUUCCCGGAAUUGGAUGUUCCGAACGACCUUUUCCCCUCGCACGAGCCUCCCUUGACAUACUCUGAAGGCUCUCAAUCCCAACCACCUCCCAUGUCCCUUCCAGCCUCGACUUCCUCGUCCCCCAACUCGUCCACGCCGAGUGAUGCAGGUGUGACUCGGUCCAAGCCCGCGGUUUCGCGCAUUGAAAAGCGCCAAUUGAACACGAUGGCGGCGCGCCGUUAUCGCCAAAGACGUGUCGACCAGGUGAAUCAGUUGGAGGCCGAGCUCAAGAAGGUCAAGGAGGAGCGGGAUGCGUUGAAAAUGCGCGUCUCCAAGCUGGAGGGCGAGACGGAUGCUCUUCGAAGUCUUGUCGGGAGAGGAAGGAAGUAG